AUGGGCAAUGAAUCAUUAUCAAACGCAAGAAUAUAUACAUUCAAAAUACCUGAUGCAUAUAAUAAUGUCAUAGAUUUUAACCAAUUUCAGAAUAAAGUAAUACUAAUAGUCAAUGUGGCAAGUUUGUGUGGGUUCACACCUCAAUACAAAGAAUUGCAACUGCUUUAUGAAAAAUAUCAUGAACCUGGUUUAGAAAUAUUAGGAUUUCCUUGUAAUCAAUUUGGGAACCAAGAACCACUUCAAGAAAAAGAAAUAGUCAAAUAUUGUAGUCGGAAUUUUGGUGUCAGUUUCCCUAUUAUGAAGAAAACCAAAGUUAAUAUAGAUAGUGAUGGCGAUGAAUCGGAAUUGUACAAGUACUUGAAGUCUGAAAAGCCUGGACAGGUGGGGUUUAAAGGCGUCCGGUGGAAUUUUGAAAAGUUUAUAAUAAACAAAAAAGGUGAAGUUGUUGCUAGGUUUAGCUCUCUAAUAACACCAUUACAACUCGAAGGGUUUAUUGAACAACUUUUAUCAGAAUAG